UGAUUGGCGUAUGACAUCAAAUAUCGCGAGAGCGACAACUUCAGUUUGGUGUGGGCGCAAUCUUUUUUCUUAAUUUAAAAUCGAUUUUCCUCUGAAAUUUAAAACAGAAUCAUUUUGUAAUGUAAAUUAAAUACAUAAUGUUAAAAGAUACACCGAUCCUGGAUCACCGGAAAUGAGUCAGUACGUUUUCCAUUGUGUAAUGAGCUCUAUGGUAAAGAACAGGUCCAACUUCUACAAGUGACCUAAGUAGUGUUCACGUUAUAGUGAUUCAAGAGUCCCAGGUAUCUUCGGAUGAAGACUGCCUCCUGUCCGACAGAUGGCAGUGUAGUAAUGCAUUUUUAGUCUGUGGUAGUGAAGAAGAGAAGGGGUACCCUCGUGGUAAACAUUCCUGUAAAUAUAACUUUCCAGAAUAUGAGCAGACGUAUCGAUUAAAUACAGUCACGUGCGCUUAAAAUGGACGCGGUUCAUCCAGAAAAGAUCAAGAAGAAAAGAAAAAGAGAGGCGCAAGAUUUUGUUGAAAGUUCAAAUGUGCAGAACGAGUCUGAAAAGAAAAACCAUAAGAACAAGAGGAAAAGGGACGUGGAGAUUUUAAAUGUCCAGACACGUACAGAGAAAAAGAAGAAAAGGAAACUGAAUGAAAGACAGUUUGAUAUUGAUACUGAAGAGGCGACAUUGCUGGAUGAUGGACUCCUACAUGAAGUAAAUGACACCAACUCACCAUCAAAAGAAGUAGAGAGGAAGAAAAAGAGAAAGAAAGCGAAGAGAAAACAUUCAGACUGUGAUGACUCGGCAAAAGACCCUCAUGAAGAGCAGUCUGGUACCACCACGGAGAUGGAGAACGUGUCAAAUGUAGAUGACCAGCAAACUGCCCAAGACCUCACAGAUCCUGCCACUCAAACUCAUACUCAACCCUUCCGAAAGAAGAGGAGUAACGGAGAAGUUCUAGAGAUUGAUUUUAAACUCUUGAGUGAAAUGAAAGAAUUUGUUCCUGACAUCGAGUCCAGAUAUAUGAUAAAUGUCCAAAAAAUGAUCAUAUAUGACUUGCCAAGGUUCAGGGAAUUCAAAAAGCAAGGUAUCCCACUGAGACAUGGACGAUUCUCCAUUGAGGAAAAUAAGAGGUUAAGACGGAACGUUUUGGAUUUUCUUGCUCUCACAGGAGUGGACAGUGCUACCAAGCUCUUUCACGUAAAACGGUUUCCAGACGAGAAAAUGCAUUUGGUAAAGUUGAAAAAGCAGCACAAGUUUUUCUUAAAGAUUGCGGAAGGAAUUCCCAGGUCUUGUUAUGAGGUUUUUGUCCGUGGAAGAAAAACUUUUGAUGGUUACAAUUAUAAAGGAAGGUUUGCUGACGAUGAAGUCAAAGCAUUGCAGAAAUAUCAAACACUACAUGGCAAUGACUGGGUGAAGAUUUCUGAACUAACUGGUCGAAGCGCUUUGUCUCUUGAGAAGCGUUAUUCUCAAAUCAAUAAGAAAUUUGGGCCAUGGUCAGAAAAGGAGUUACAGAGACUUUUGAGGGCUGUGCGAGACUAUAUCGUAACUAAACUUAAGUCCAUGUCCACUGAUAAGAGGACGCCAACCAGAGUCAGUCGAGAAAUGCUCUACAAGAAACUGCCGUGGUUUGAAAUCGCUCACAAGGUUAAAACUCGAAGCUGGACCAAGUGCAGAGUUAAAUGGAUGGGCAUCCUUGCGGUGCGGAUGUCAUAUGGGAGUGUGUGCCAGGGAAGGAAAUCCCACGAGGCCAAAAUCAGACUCAUUCAAGCAAUGUAUGAAAGCCAGGUAGAUGAUGUUGUGGACAUCAACUGGGAGGACCUCACGGGUGCUUUUGGCGAUGUUCCUCCUGCAUAUGUUCAGAUGAAAUGGCAUCAGCUCAAAGUGUGCUACGUGCCAAAUUGGCAGAACAAGAGUUUUGAAGACAUCGUUGACUACCUGCAUGAGAAGGUCAAACCAAAACUGGAGAAUGAAUGUGAGGAUCUUGAUGAGAAUGACCUGCCAGCUGACCAGAAGCAGAGCUUCCUUCUCUCAGACAUCUUUCAGGAUAUAAAUGAGAAUUGUGACAUUGAUGAUGAUGGUGACGACGAGGAGGAGGAGGGUGGGCAAUGAUAGAAAAAGGACUACUUUUUUACUUGUACAGUUUGAUUAGAUGUUAACUAUGAAAAGGAUGUAACAUAUUUCUUUACUGUGUAGAUAAAAGAUGUACAUAAAAGAUGCUGUUUAUGUUUAGAAUGUACAAAUCUUGUCUUUAUUAUCAGUUAGUUUUUACACGUUUUAAUAAACAAGUCUUAAAUGUAACAGGCUUCCGAGUAUGU